ACGUGAUGUUUUGCUAACGGUUAGCCGCAGAAGGCUAACUUUGUGUUGUAGUUGGCGUCUUAUUUUGCGCCUCCUCAGCUUGUCAGAUUGCUCUCGGCUUUUCGUAAGAUUUCACCUAAGUACGAGUUUUAAUCAUCAGUAAAGAAACGAAGCCAUGAACGGGAGUACGAAUCCGCUGCUGGACAAAGAGGAGCAUGUUUUGAAGCUCGGAGAAAGCUUUGAGAAGAGGCCAAAGUCUUCAUUUCACACCAUUAGAUAUGACUUCAAACCAGCAUCAAUAGACACAAGCUGUGAGGGAGAGCUUCAAGUUGGGAAAGGAGAUGAAGUUACAAUAACACUACCUCAUAUUCCAGGCUCCACACCCCCCAUGACAGUAUUCAAAGGAAACAAGCGUCCAUACCAGAAGGACUGUGUGCUCAUCAUUAACCACGAUACUGGGGAGUUUGUACUAGAGAAACUCAGCAGCAGCAUCCAGGUCAAGAAAACCAGGGCAGAGGGCAGCAGUAAAAUCCAGGCCCGGAUUGAGCAGCAGUCGGUUCGGUCCAGCCAGCCCAGCUCUCAGUUUAGGGCCCCUACUAAACCUGGGGCUGGGAUCAAAACAUCUCCUUCCCCAUCUAAGGAUAACCCCUCCCCAGAGCCUCAGCUUGAUGACAUCAAGAGAGAGCUGCGAGCAGAGGUGGAGGUGAUAGAGCAGAUGAGCAGCAGUGGCAGCAGCAGCUCCUCAGACUCAGGCAGUGCCUCAGGGAGCGGUGAUGACAGCAGCAGCAGCGACGGUGAGCUUGACAACCCCCGACCCCUCAGCCAGACCUCACCCAGCCGCCCCCCCAUGGCCAAUGGAGGAGCUGACCGGCAGCAGGGCAACAACCAGCUUAUGAACACACUCCGAAACGACCUUCAGCUCAGUGAGUCAGGCAGCGACAGUGAUGACGACUGAACUCUAUUGGUUAGUCUCUCUGUCCACACUCCUCCUCCUCUUUUCUGCCUGGUUCACUUGUUUCUUUGCUGUGAUAGCUGACCACAGCUGUGUAGGUUGGUUUUACUAUAAAUAUAUUUUUUAAAUUUGUUUUAGUGUAUCCUGAAAGCUGGCCAUCCUGGAGCUUUAAGAGUGUAUUUUUUAUUAGAUGUAUAUCUUGUUUUGGAUAGCAAAACUUGAGACAAAGAGAAAAGUUCUUUAAAGGUUUGGAAGAUUAUAUAUUAGAGUGCACAUACAUAUUUUCUGUACUUAGAGCAGCUAGUUUUAUUUACUUGUAUCAUUAAUAUUUGUUGAGUUUUGUCUUUAUGGUUAGGUGAGCAAGAUUUUCUGUAGCUGUGCGAUCGCCUCUACAUCGCUGUUAUAUUUUUAUCAGUUUGCUAAGUAUACAAAAAAAAUGCAGAAUUGCACAGAUGAUCUGCAAGUGAGCAACAAAUCAAAGAAAAAAACAUUACAUGUGCAUUUUGGUGUGUACUAAAGUUUUGAAAUUAUUGUUGAACCAGCUGCUAAUCUCAGUUUUAAUUUGCUGUUUGCUGGUCAUUUUUUAAAGUAGCAUCACUACACUCAGUAGAUUUCACCUUUUAGCAGUUUUUAGCAGUCGUUUGCUUACCUGCGAAAUUAGAAUUUCUUUAGGAAUUUGUUGCAGCUUUUUAAAACUUGAGUUAGUAUUUUUUUAUCCACAAGGGGGCAGAAAAGACUCAAAAACAAGCAGUUUGCUGGUAUGGAUAACAUGUAAGUAAGCUAUAGAAUGUAAGUGUAGUCUCUUCUACUGUUGUAGCUCUGUUUUGAUUUCUAUCCACGCCCAAGAAAAAUGUCAAACUAAUUAGCUGAAAGAUGUUCCACUUUCUUUAUCAGCGACGCUUUUACUUCCACUGUCUGCAAUGUGAUGCUAGACAGUACAAGCUUUUAUUUUUGUAAGCUUAAGUCAACAGCGACAACCGUGCAGGAAUUUCUUUGUGUGCCUUUUGUCUGACAGUCAGAAAAUGCAGACUCAGAAACAGUUACAGCGUCACAGCGAUGCUUCAGAGAAUUACUGAUAUUAAAUCCUACACAGUCGGUCUGUGAGGCCAUAACUGACAAGUUAAUCAUAUUUGACAGAAGGGUCUAGACUGGAAGGUACAUCAGCGUUGGCACAUACAAAAUCGCAGUUAAGAUAAAAAAAAAAAAGAAAAAGAAAAAAGAAAAUAAUAGAAAACCAAAAUUAACUCUGGAAGAGGGAAACAAAUUAGCCCCAGAAUGAUGUAAUGUGUUACUCAUUUGUUUCAAGUUUGUUAUAUCAGCUACGUAUCAUUUGCAAACAGAGAACAUUUUAUUUUUUCCUCCAGUAUUUUCAUACAGUACCUAUACCAUUGUACCAUUCCACGCCUUAAAGCAUUUUAGCUUUGAAAAAAUAGUGAAUGUGUCAUUUUCAGAAAAUGCCAAAGAGUUGAACUGCCCCUCGUCAUGUGCAAGAUGUGCAGGAGUGUUCACAUUGUAAAGCCUUUUUCAUACAUUGACUGCAGCCCUGAAAUUUUCCAGACAUUACCUUACAGUUGGUUGUGUGUUACAAUGAAAUGAGUCAGUCACAGCAGAAAUUAAACAGACUUUAACUGGUCAGCUCCCCGUUGCACUGACUCCGGUUAACAUCUACUUGAGGCUGUGUGUGAUUAAAGCUGGUAAUUCUAAUUUUCCAUCAUGCUUCCUGCACGCUCUAAACAGGUGCCACCCAUUCCCUGAACCAAACAGAGUGUUUCCAGUAGUUAGAAUACAAAGGGUUCUCUUGCUGUCUGCUACAUGUAUGAAAAUGACUUAACAGUGUUAGUGUGUAAUUUUACUUUAAUCUUAGACUUUUUGGUGUAAUUGUGAUUUGUGUUCGUGAUUUAUUUUUUUCUUCCUAUACCUGCUAGAGACUCUGAAGAUAAUUUGGUAUUGGCUGUAUCAUUAUUAAUGCAGUAUAGCAACCCAGAGUUUAAAGAAAAAUGACCAGACUUGAAGUUCACAAUAUUUGUUGUUAAAGAACAUUUAACAACUGAAUAAUGUAAAAUUUUAGGAUGAAACACUAAAUGUUUUGUGAUGUUUGGGGUAUAGUACCCAGACAGAACCCAUGCAGGCACAGGGAGAACACAGAAAUGUGGAGUUUGCAUGUUUAAAUACAAUUCUGUAAGAACUGCGUUUAAGCUACGUGUCUGCAUAAACAGUAUCUGAGCCAUAUUUUCAGUCAGGAUCAGAGACUAUAAGGCUCUAUUUUAAUCAAUACAGCUGUCUGCAGAGACCACGCUUUACGUGACCCAAAGCGUCUUUUUAGGUUCAAGUCUAUUUUCUUCUGUUUAGUGCUUAAAACCACAGUAAGUGUGUAUUGCUGCCAAAAUGCGUGUGACCCAUACACCAUACUGCGGUUUGGGGCUGAGAAUCUGACGUGCCACUUUCACUGUGAAGCAUUUGUAGACACAGUGUUCAAAACCUUUUUUUUGUGUGACUGCAUUCAUUUGCAGAGGAAGAAACAAGUUUGUUCAGAUAAUCCAGCUGCCCCUUAAUAUAAGAAUCACUCUCCACAGAGGGCUUUAACCUGAAUUUUCAUUUAUUUUAAAACAACAUUUAAUAUAGGUAGCGACUACAGAAUGACUUCAGAUACAGCUCAUGACUUUGUGAGUUUCUUGAAUCCCCUGCACACCCACAUUGUUGUUAAGCCUCUUCUCAGGACUGUGUGGGAGUGGAUGGACCAUGCUCCGUCGACUCCACCUACCACACUCACAUUUUGCACCUUUUUAAUGUUGAACAAACUUUGAUUGAGACAGCUGACCUCAUGUAAUUCCCAUCUACAGCCUCAGCACUGCAAGGCUUGCAAACUGAAAACGGCGACGUGGUUCAAAACAUAGGAGUAGAAAACAUGUGUAACCGGCAGCCCAAUGACUGCAUCAUUUAUUGGACAUCAGGUCCAAAACAAUUUGCCAGCUAUCAAAUUAUCAUGUAUUUGUAAAACUAGAGACUUUUACAGUCUCAGUAUUUACAUGACAUCACCCUCUUAAAAUAAUGACCUACGUUAUUUUUUCAGGUUUUUCAGAAAAGACAAAAAGCUGAACUAAACAUUGAAAAUAUGAUGAUUUCGGCAAAAAGAAAAAUUUUUGUUAAAAAAAAAAAUGACAGGCCAUUAUUUUAAGAGAGCGACGGCACGCAGUAAUGAACAUGAUGAGAAUGGAUGUGCAGCAUUUUAAAAAGAAACUGAACAUAUAUUUUAAUGUUUAUCAAACAUCGUCUCAUUGCUACACUCAUGUUGUUGGUCUUCCUCUGAAGCGUUUUAAACUGAACCUCAUCUUUGCUUCAUUAACUCACAGAACAAAGUAGACGUGACUGUAAGUUAUAGGACAGUCAUACUGUGCAGUACCAGAAAGGGUUACAGUAGCAGGUGAAAUUGAAGUAUUUCUUCUCUAAUGUGUGUCAGUGUUUCUCCACCCAGGCCAGCCUGCAGUAAUUUUUUUUGUCCUGCUUUUAAACAUUGAAGUGAAAGUGGGUUGUGAAUUGCUGAAAUGAGCAAAACCACUGAAACAGGUGGACACACAUCUCUAAUUCCCUGAAAAAAAAACUGUACAAGUCUCGAGACUCAGUUUUGUUGUUUAAUGAACUCUGAUGUAUUUGGUGCUUUAGUCCAUGUGUUUUAUUUUAGUGAUAUGUUCAUGUGAAAUAUGUUUGUAUAAAUUUGAAGUGUAUUAAAACUCUGCAGAUGUA